AUGCGAGAGUGUGAGAAAGAAGCAGAUAGAGAAAAACAGCAAGAUUUCCACAAAACCCCCCCUGCUGUGGAACCAGCGUUCCUGGAAAUUAGGCAAGGACAAGAUCGGAGUGUCAGUAUGAGCUGCCGAGUAUUGAGAGCCUAUCCAAUCCGGGUGCUGACCUAUGAGUGGCGCUUGGGCAACAAAUUACUAAGAACUGGUCAAUUUGACUCUCAAGAAUACACAGAGUACCCGGUAAAGAGCCUUUCCAAUGAAAACUAUGGGGUGUAUAAUUGUAGUAUCAUAAAUGAAGCUGGAGCUGGGCGAUGCAGUUUCCUGGUUACAGGAAAGGCCUAUGCUCCAGAAUUCUAUUAUGAUACCUACAAUCCUGUGUGGCAAAACAGACACCGGGUCUAUUCCUACAGUCUGCAAUGGACACAAAUGAAUCCUGAUGCAGUGGAUAGAAUUGUUGCAUACCGAUUGGGUAUUAGGCAGGCUGGACAGCAGCGUUGGUGGGAACAAGAAAUUAAAAUAAAUGGGAACAUUCAAAAGGGAGAAUUAAUUACAUAUAACUUGACCGAACUAAUUAAACCAGAGGCUUACGAAGUGCGACUGACUCCUCUCACCAAAUUUGGUGAAGGAGAUUCAACAAUUCGUGUCAUCAAAUAUAGUGGAGAAUUUCACUGUGGAUUUGAAGAUGGUAACAUUUGUUUGUUCACCCAAGAUGACACAGAUAAUUUUGACUGGACAAAGCAAAGUACUGCAACAAGAAAUACAAAAUAUACCCCAAAUACAGGACCUAAUGCUGAUCGUAGUGGCUCCAAAGAAGGUUUUUAUAUGUACAUUGAGACAUCAAGACCCAGAUUGGAAGGUGAAAAAGCUCGGCUUCUCAGUCCUGUUUUCAGCAUAGCUCCCAAAAACCCUUAUGGGCCCACAAAUACUGCAUAUUGUUUCAGCUUCUUUUAUCACAUGUAUGGACAACAUAUAGGUGUUUUAAAUGUUUAUCUACGUUUGAAAGGGCAGACAACAAUAGAGAAUCCACUAUGGUCGUCAAGUGGAAAUAAAGGACAACGAUGGAAUGAGGCACAUGUUAAUAUAUAUCCAAUUACUUCAUUUCAGCUCAUAUUUGAAGGUAUUAGAGGUCCUGGAAUAGAAGGUGACAUUGCCAUCGAUGAUGUAUCUAUUGCAGAAGGAGAAUGUGCAAAACAAGACCUAACAACCAAGAAUUCAGUUGAUGGUGCUGUUGGAAUUUUAGUGCAUAUAUGGCUUUUUCCAGUUAUCGUCCUCAUCUCUAUCUUAAGUCCUCGAAGGUGA